CAAAACAGUUGUGUUUAAAUUAUAAAGAAAACUUUAUUCAGUACUGCAUUUUCUUACAGAAAGCACGCUACGCAGAUUAUAUUCCAUUCCAAAUAUGGAGUUUGACAGUCAUUUGUAGGCAUGUUGUAAGACCAGUUCAAGGGUUUUUCUCGAGUUCAGAAGAGGCUCCUCCUCAAGGUUAUCUUUUGUUACAUUUUUCACUAGCAGCUCCAAGACUGGCUGAAAUGUAACUUUGAAUAGUGAGGCUGGUCUUCAGCAGACAUGGACAGAGAGACUAUUUAAUCAAGAUCUUUGCCAACAUUAUAAAAUGCUUUCUUUUCUUUAUGCUUACCGUCUUGCCAGAGACUGCUUCAGGUAAUUAUAAUGAACAGAGCUAGCAAGCUGAAAAUCAUGAUUUGUUGCGACACUGUCAUCAGCAGACCAUCCCAUUAGUUAGAUGAGGGAGAGCUACAGAAUCUUUGUUCCUUCAAGGGGCACUUAGUAGCUGAUACGGUAAAGACAGCUGAGGCCCCUUCGAAGCUGAAUGGUUGUAUUGCAUCGGAAAACAUGUUGUUAUUUAUGUCCAAUGAAAUAAUCUGAAGGAGUAGAGCUAUAAUUUGCAGAAGUUCAAAAUUAAAAACAACCCUUCACUCAUUGUCAAUGCAACGUCAUCCACAAAUAAGAAAUGCUCUCUGGUUUAGUCUGUACCUUUAACAAGUUUGCAAAAUGCAAUAGUAAACACCCUCUUAAACAGGAAGUUCUAAAUCUGGUGAUUCACAGCAUUCUGCAACACCAAAGAUUUCUUAAGUUCCUCUUCCUCUGAGCAGAAUCAUUUCCAGAUAGAUACAAGAAAUGGCAUCGUUCAACAAAUUCAAGCAAGUGCUAAUGCUGGCAUUCGACUGGAUUCUAUACUGUGUUGGCGACGCUGAUAACUGCCAAGUCACUGUAACACAACCCAGCUUUAAGGAAGCCGGGGCCUCGACACACACAGUGACCCUAACGUGCGCUUUCUCUGCUCCCGGAUGUUCCCAGACGAAGCCUCAAGUUCUAUGGUUUCGCUUUUUCACUAACACACAUGAAGAUUUGUGUACCCCCGAAUGCACAAAUGUCCAGAAGUUCAAAGUACAUGUAUCAUCAGAAAAUAAUAUUUCACUUCAGAUCAGUGAUCUGACUGUAAAUGACAGUGCUGUUUAUUUCUGUGGAAUAGCAUUUUCAGAUUCAAGUUCACCUCGCUCUAAGCGAACGGGGGGCGGAACCGUACUAGUGAAAGCAGGGGCAGAGAAGCACAGUACUGAAAAGCUCACCUUCAUGAUCGUCACCUCAUCCUUACUGUUUCUAUAUAGCAUUGUGGUAUUCACAAUCCUUACACUUGACAAGUUAAAACCAAAACUGCUAAAGAAAAGUGGCAAAGAGGACCAGAAAAUAGAGAACUGUAAAAUCAGUAGCGGACGAAAAAUUUUUCGAGCAAUCGCCCAGGAACUUCAGAAGCAGAGGUAUGCUGAACACCACCAACAGCCUGUAAGUAAUGCGAAAAAGGAACGGCAGAACUCUGUGCAUGUCUACUGAUACUGAAACAUGUAAAGAAAGAAGAACUUACUAUUUUGAAGAGUAUCCCAUUUGUAUCUCCUCUGGAAUUAGAUUUCUCUUUUACCUCGAUAAAGGUCUAAAAAAACUAUUCGGCACAAUAAUCAAAGACAUUAUAAAGCAUUCUAACUCAUCAAGAGCAGAUCAAGACAGCUUACAGGAGUCUUUUCUGGGGACCGACAUAGGCCUUCUCAAAGAGAAGCACACAAGCAUUUUCACACAACCCCAGUGUCGAAGCACAGACUAUAACAUUUGAAUGCAGUAUCAAUUUGCAUGCAUUUACAGUGCAACUGCACACUGUUAACACCUCCGAUGGUCACUUCCUCCCCCCUCCUACUUACUAGGAGGUAUUCCAGUUCUUCAAGCUCUCAAUCACUUUUGCAGAGCUCAGUAACCGAGAUCAGGCUCGCCCUCCUCCAUUUAACACGUUGGAAAUUUUAUGCAUUUGACUGAUAGCUAAGAUCAGAUUCAGUCCUGAAUAAAGAACAGCUUUCAUUUUCUUGGCCAUCCGAUAUUUUAAAUUCUAGCAGGGCUAGAACUGGGACCUAUACGUUGCCUGGAAAUAAAAAUUCUUUCUUCCAGAUGAACACCAAAUUUCAUGUCAUGAAAGGCCUCAAGCUAGGCAUCCUUUUUCAGGAAGGAGAGACAAAAAAUACAAAGCAGGGAUAAUUUUGUGUCAAAGGAGGUUAUAAUGCCUAUAUACACACACAUAUGUAUGUAUAUAUUUAUAUAUAUCUAUAUAUUUAUAUUUAUACACAAACACAGAUACAAACUGAAUCUUCCAUGCAUUUGUAAUUUGCCAUUUGGUUAAAAGGCGUAAAGCUAUUAGAGUUCACUCUUGGAGUAUAUUACUACUGUAGUUUAUCUCGCUCCCUUACCCCAUGGUAGUUGGAUGCAACCACAACAAAACUGUUUUAAAAGCUCUACAACACUCUUACAAGUACUUUCAAUUUACGUAGCCUAAACUAAGUAUUCAGCAUCACUGGAUAAAACCACACAACUUAUUUCAUCAUUCCAAAUUUAUGCCAAUAGGACUUAUGACUACAUGACAAUGAUUUUGCAUAUGCCACGUAAGUUAGAGAAAACAACUGAGAAGCCACAAGUAUUUGUAAGCAAAGAAAAUGGCUUCACAGAAUUGCUGUGUCUGAGAAGUAGUACAAAUUCUUUCCUAUUCUGAGCACUGACCACACCAUUUCAGAGAUGUGAGAAAAAAAACACAUGCAACACGAAGUCAGGCCCUUCUCCCAGAUACAUUUUUGCUUUAUUUAUUCUUAUACUGCCCCAAAUGAUUCCUCUGUAACAGCCUCUUUAAAGACUUCAAAACCCUGCUGACAUGACCCGGUCCUUGGUUUGACCGUCAGAUAUGAACAGAGUGAAAAUAAUGGGUAUGUUUUACUGUGCUCCCUAGAGACUUGGGGAAGCCAAGAGGAAAAGAACAACAUUUUAGAAUACCACAGAUGCCACAUGGACAACUUUCCAACUGGAUAACUAGGGAGGGAAGGAGUCUACUGAAACAGUAAAGGGAGGAAGUUCGCCUCAAAAAGCAAGUUUGGGCUUUUUCCUUUUAAUGAAAAAAAUUGUCACCAGUGACUAAAUACUUCCACUUUUUUCCCCAGGAUCAUAUGGAAGAUGACGCUGUUUAUCAGAACCGAUGAUUAUGUGCUAUAUUUCAGGUUUACUCAAUAUUUCUGAUGUAAUGGAGGAGGGAGAUAAAGAGGUUAACCUUCUUCACUGACUUUGCUUUGAGAGAGGAAAAAGCCUUACUGGACAGUGCUCUUCAAUAGUGUUUUCUAAACAGAUCAAAACCAAGCACAUUGAACAUUACAUCUACGUCAUACAUUACUUCCCUUUCCCUCUCUGCAAGAAUAAAAACAGUGGAAAAGAACCUCAUCUUUCCUAAGAGAAAUGCUUCAG